CAUCCACAAAGCAACAAACUCCAUCGAGCGUUAUCCCGUCCCUGUUCUUCCUCCUUCACGCUGCCGCACUGCAACAAGCCAUGAAUUGUGUUCUCCAUCUCAAACCUCACCGCCCUCUCCCAAGAGAUGCCUUCCGACCGCCGAUACCGCUUCCUCCAAAGCCCCCAUCCACGCUCUCAUCGCUACUGAGCUCCACGCGCCCAUCAGCCGCCAUCCCUGGACCCAAAUCCAAGUCCCCAGCUCCCAUCUCGAUCAAGACCGCAAAGGCAGAAGCAGCAGAGCCAGGAGGUCUCUCGAGUUGGUCUGUCCUCGCUGGAGCGUCUCUCAGCCUCGCCAUUCUUGUCAUGGGGGUCGAGCAGGCCAUGGCCCUGGGGCCCGAGGGACCUCUGAUGGAGGAGUUCUGGGACAACGUGAGGAGGUAUGCUCUGUACGUGCUGACAGUGAGCACGGGGGCCAUCUACACCAUCUCUCAGCCCAUCUUCGAUCUGUUGAAGAACCCCAUCACUGCGGUUCUCGUGGUCAUUGUUUUUGUGGGUACUUUCUACCUCUUGUCUCAGAUUCUGAGUGCCAUGAUUGGCAUCUCGGAGUUUUCUUAUGACUACGCUUAUUGAGGCAGAGACGGAAGAAAUCUAUAGAAUGCAGAUUUUCUUAAUAAUUCUAAUCAAAAGGGUUAACUACCAUUAUAUAUAAUAUCUACAA